GAAAUGGGCCCAGUUUAAGAAAUGGGUUGUAAAAUAACCGUCUUUGAACUCGGAAUACUGAGUAAAUUGGUCGAACAAAAUUCUACACUCUCUUUCAUGGGUUGCUUGUUUCCCAAGUAUUUGCUUCUUACUUGUCUCACCCUCGCCGUAGCCAGGGACCUUCUUGUAGCUGUAUUUAAUAGGAUAUUUGAAUUGGGUGUGAGAAUUCUUGCAGAUGUGAUUGUUAUGGGUUCUGGAAUAGUGGUAAGGGCCUUUGCUUGGGCAUGUCAUCAGGACUUGCAAAUGCCUCAAGAAUCAGUGCCGCCCAUGAAGCAAUACACAAUAUCAAUAAGCAAGCAAAAUAUCAGAGGCUAGGCAAAUUCUUGGUUCACGGAGCAUUCAUCAUGGGACGACAUGUUGCAGUUUUGUCUGAAGCGCAUUGCACUUGAAUUCUUCUCUUUAUCUAUAUUUUCGCCAGAGGUAUGUUUACUUAUGUAUGAGAGAUGCAAAAGACUUGGAGUUUUCAUCUUCCAUGUUCAUAGUGCCAAAGAGUCCUCAGAAACAAGUUGCCAGGGUAAAGCACAGGGUCCAAAUUAGUAAAUUGGAGUAUUAUUUUUGCUCUGCUUCUAGUAGAGAUUCUCCUGGUCUUUGAAGGAGUAUGUUUAGCAGAAGAGCAUUACUCCAGUCACCAGAUUUUUCCAGUAAAAGUUUCCAUAUGUAUCUAUUUUCAAUUUUGGCUGGUGGACGCUCUACUUCACUUUAAGUAGAAGCAUUUUAAUUAAUGAUUUGUGUAAUUUACCUUAGCUCUGGUUUUCUUUAGGCUCAAACCCACACUUCAUUAUUGUUUCAUGUGCUUAUGGCGCUAAAACCUUGCGAGUGUGAUGAAGCGAUAUGUCCGCUGGUAUUGGUGGAGGAACUUUGAAUUGUGGUUAGAAAAUUAAGAGUAAAAGAAUGCCUCUUGGUAAUUUGUCAUUGGUGUAAGAUUUCAUCUCUUGUAAGUUUUAGCUGUUCGAUUGAGUCCAUGAUGAAACGUGAGAGGAGAAAGGGAGAAGCAGCUUGAGGAAUGACCCACGCAGGGGUAGAUAUAGCAAGGGUUUUUAUGCACUCUAAUCACCCUUGUGAAGAGGCGUAGUUCCAUUUACAGUAUAAUGCUGGGCGUCUGGGUAUUCCCUCCCUGAUAUAAACUUGACAGCCAUGUAUUAGUAAAAUUUUAUUUUCUUACUUUAUAGUUUAUGUAUCUGGUUGACUGGUUUCUUCAGUUAAAUUAGGUACUACUUGAAAUGCUGAAGAACUUUCAGGUAUUGUGCAACGUGUAUAAGCAUUAGAGCGAUAAAUGCGUGGUGUUUUGUUUUA